UUCAAGAAACGUGGUGCAAAAAAAACGUGCCACACAUUUAUCCUUGAAAGAAGUAUAUAAUAUAUUAAAUUAAAAUUUGUUAUUUAAACGAUUAAUGUCCUUCUUUGCCGGUUAAAAAAUUGAAAAAGGAAAUUCAAAAUGUCACAAUGGGUUGUGGAACCUCAGCAAUUCUAGAUUCUCCACAAACUGACUCGUUAUCUGUUGCCCGAGGACGAAUGAAAAAUAAAAAUUCCGUUGAUGAAUUUAUACAUUUGGACGAGGAAAUAAGUGAAAUGGAAGGACUUUGUCCAGGACCAAGGCUAGCAACUGCUGAAGCGUGGAUUGAACAUUUACAGGAAAAACGUGACGCUUUAGUUUUAAAUACAGAUUUAACACAAUAUAAUUCAGCCAAAGACCAAACAGUGACGGAUUCGACAGUAGUUACAGUUAAUCAGGAAUUCAUAAAUGACUCCCCCAGCAAGGAUCUGACGAGGCUUGUGAUAAAUUUAGGAGUUUUAACGGACAAACACAAGGCUUCAGCUCAGGAGGACUUCUUUGCAAACAUUAAUAAAUCUGCUCUCGAAGUUGUAUCCAUGCGGUACUAUAAUGAAAUAUUGGAUCACACAAAGUCAAGAGUUAAGCUUCUGACUGAAAAUUAUAGGACUCUUAACGAAUUGUAUGUACAGCAGGAUGGAAUAAUUGCUCUCAUAAGUGGCGGAACUUAUAUGACAAGUUUUGAAGAAAGCUUAGAUUCUCAGCUUGAAACUGCUCGUGAUGUUCGUGAUAAGUUAGGAAGUACUUUAGAACAAUGGCGCAUAUGUGGUUUACUACUUAGAGCUUGUUCUAAAUCGGCAUCACAAGGAUUGCAAUUUUGGAAAAGUAUAAAGGCUUUAAGAUCACCCAAAGAUGUUAUCCAUCUCGUCCUCGAAUGCCGCAACAAUACUCAAGCAUCAUUGAUAGCACUUGAAUGUGCUCAAUUAUCGCUGCCAAAUGUUGAAAUUAAAUUCGUCAGCAAUCGACAAGUAUUAGCUGUAAAACACAUAAAUACUUAUAUGAUAACUGAUAUAGCCGAUGAGUUGAGAUACAACCAUGUAACAAAAGUUCUUGAAACUUACGAAGAGAAUAUGCAAAACGCUUCCAGUUGGUUGUACGAAACUUACAACUCAACACUGCGUAAAGACUUUGAUAAAGCAGAAUCAACAGUUAAGACGUUAUCAGGGAAGCUGCGCAGUCAUAGGCAUGAAUUAUUCAUUAAGGAAACUGAACGGAAAUAGUUUUAAAUUUUAAUUUUGUUCUUGUUUUUAUUGCUUAAAGAAAUAUAUAACAAACA